AGAAUAUCUUCUAAAGCUAAGUAUUACAACUCAUCAUGGAAGUAUAUCAUCUGAAAAUGAAAAUUUUAAUUCUUCUUGGGCUCAUAGGAGCUACAUCCUCAGCUCCGCUUGUUUCACAGCGCCUACUGUCUGCUAGCAACAGUCAUGAGUUACUCCUGAGUCUGAAUAAUGGUCGACUUUUACCACUGCAAUUUCAGGGUGCAUUUAACCCCUGGAUUCCUCCCUUCCCUGGGUUUCUCCAGCAGCAACAGCAGCAGCAGCAGGCUCAGAUCCAAGGACUCCCACAGUUCCCACUCUCAACACUAGAGAGUUUUGCUGGGUUAUUCCCAAAUCAGAUACCUUUCUCAGGACAGGUUGGGUUUGCCCAAGGAGGUCAGGCUGGCCAACGAGAAUUCUCACAGCCACAGACACCACCACAGAGCCAACAAGUUGCUAACCUUAUGUCUUAUGUGUUUCCCUUCAAAGUGCCUCAAGAUCAAACACAGAUGCUCGGGUACUAUCCAGUUUACAUGUUCCUUCCAUGGGAACAACCUCAACAAACAGUCACAUCAUCACCCCAGCAAACAGGGCCACAGCUAUUUGAAGAACAGAUACCAUUCUACAAUCAAUUUGGAUAUAUAGCACAACAAGCAGAACCUGAUGUACAAGGAGGACAGCAGCAUUUAGCUUUUGACUCCUUUGUAGGUACAGCCCCUGAAACUCCUGGGAUGCCAACAGAAGGAGGGCCUCUGUAUUCCCAAAGAGAACCAGUCAACUUUAAGCCUGACAAUGCAGGAAUUUUCAUGCCUUCAACUUCACCAAGACCCAAUGCUGACCAAGUUUUUACUUCUGCAAUAGACCCAAGUAUUGCCCCAAUACUUCCAGAAGAGAAGGCCAAGACUGAUAACCUAAGAGAACCUUAA